UUGAUCAACCAUGAAGAAUCUGAGGAGAUGCAAGCCGGAAAAAGAACUUAAACCAGGCCUGCGGAGCAAUGCGACAGGCGUGAUGGAGGUCGAGUCCUCCUACUCGGACUUCAUCUCCUGCGACCGCACGGGCCGCCGGAACGCAGUCCCCGACAUCCAGGGCGACUCGGAGGCUGUGAGCGUGAGGAAGCUGGCUGGAGCCAUGGGCGAACUGGCCCUCGAAGGCACAGGCCAGGGGGAGGUGAGCACCGCAGACAAGGAGGCCAGCAGCCAGCCCCAGAGCAGCGACGGCACCGCUUCAGCUUGAGCCUGACCCUGACCUUGUCCAAGGAGGCUGGAAGAGAGAACCGCUGUCCCUCCCGGAACAGGAGCCCUGGCCGGCAGCCUCCUCUCUGAGCCCCAUGCCCCAGGCCAGACUGAGCGACCCCUGAGGCCUCUGGGGUCCCCUUGCGGGGACGCCCUCUGGCAGUAGCCCCAGGCUCCGCCUUC